AUGAGAACUAUUUCUGUCGGUUUCACCAUUUACGAAGCACAAAAUUUAGAAGCUGAUGACAAAAGUUUAUUAGAUCCUUUAGUAGUUGUUCGUUGUUGCAAUAAUGAAUACAUAACAAAAAAAAAGAAAAAGAAAUAUAACGCUGUAAACUGGGAAGAAAGUCAUAUAUGGGAUAGAAUUAUAUUAUCUGAAAUUGAAUGGAAUGUUUCAAAAAUAGAAUUUGAGGUUCAGAGUGCUAAUAUUUUAUGGCGGAAUGAUAUAAUAGGUGUAAUAUCAUUUGAACUUAAACUUAUUAAGAAUAAAAGAAAUCAUCAAAUUCAGGGUAUCUAUCCAAUACUUUCUAAGAAUGGUACUGAAAUUAGAGGGCAAUUAAGACUUAAAGUUAUUGUAUGUGAUGAAAAUGAUUAUAUAAGUAAUAAUAAUAUUUUUAAUGGUUUAACAGAAAGUAAUAAUGAAAAUAAAAUUGAAGAUAAUGAAGAAAUAUAUAACGACUUAACAAAAGCUGUUGUUGAAGAAAAUCUUGUAACUUUAAGAGAUGAAAAAAGUCGUUUUUAUUAUUUAUAUGUAAAUAUACAUAAGAUCGAAGAUAUAUAUACAGAUAUAAGUAAAAAGGAAUAUCGAGAUUUAUAUAUAACAUGUGAUUUUAAUGGAUGUCAUUUAAAAUCUAGUCAAGCAAGAAAUUGUAUUAAUUAUACAUUUAAUGAAUGCUUUAAAAUACCUAUUGCUACUCCUAUAUUAGAUGAUUCCAUAAUAUUGAAAAUAUGGGAUUGGAAUUUUCUAUCAAAUGAUGAAUUGAUAGCUAUAGGUGUAUUAUCAUUUAACCAAAUAAAAAAUAAAUGUCUUAAUCCAACAUGGCUUAAUUUAUAUGGUUUUCAUAAAAAAGAAUUUGACUUGGAAAAAAUUACAAAAAAUAAUAUAAACAAUAAUAAUAGUAAUAAAUAUUAUGAUAUAUCUAAUGAUUAUAAUUUACUUUUAGAGGGGAAUUUUUAUCUAGGUAGAAUAUGUAUCAGUAGUUAUGUUGAAAGGAUAAACAAUUUUGAUAAUCUAAAUAUAGCCAUUAUUCAAAGUUGUUUAGCAUAUGAUGACCCAUUAUAUAUACCUAUAACAUUAUUAUGUGAUAUUUAUUUAGUUACAGGAAUUUUGUCAAAAAAUAUUUACGUCGAAUUGACAUGCGGUCCACACAGAAAAAAAACACAAUGCGUAUCUGUUAGUGAAAUGUUAAAACAAGAUGUAGAUGCUAAACAAAACAAUACAAAGAAAAAAACAAAAAACAAAAAAAACAAAAUUAUAAAAGAUAUACAUAAUUCAUAUUUAGAUAAUCAAAUUGUAAAUAAUAAUUAUGAUAAUAAUAUUUAUACAUAUAAUCAAAAUACUAAUCCAUUAUUCACAUUUGAUGAGAUACUUAAUUUGGAUAACGUUUUCAAUAAGGUCACUGAGAAGCAACAAAUUAUUGAAAAUAAUGAACAUACAGAAUUUUAUUUUAGUGCUAAUAAAGGAAAAAUAGAAAAUAUGAAAUUAUGUGUUGUUCAGGAAGAAUAUCAACAAUGGGAUAUCAUCAUAAAUGUAUAUGAAAAGGUAUAUAAUAAUUCAUAUAAUGAAAAUAAUUUUCUUCCAAGUCUUUUAUAUAAUAAUGAAGACACAAAAAAUAAUGAACAAUCGAAAUUAACUGAAUAUCAAAAAUAUAGAAAGAAAAAAGAAGAAAUUGAACAAUAUGAACAAAAUAUAUCUAAUCAUAUGGAUAGAAGAAUUGCAUAUUAUAGAAUGCCAUUAAAAAAUGUUCUUUCAUAUAAUGAAAAAAUAUCUAGAUGUCCUAUAUGGAUACCAUUAAAAAAUAUUCCAAAAAAUGUACAAGGAGAUUUUAAUUGUAUGUAUAAUAUUUUUCAAAAUGGUUCUAUAUUAUUAAAUUUAGAAAAAUCUUUUGAUGUACAAUUAGGAAUAAAUAGAAGAAAAAAAUUAAUACCUGUUAAUUAUGAAUUAAGAUGUUAUAUAUAUGCUUGUAGAAAUGUUAUAUCACAUUUUAAUGAUUCACCUAAUACAUUUGUACAUAUAUCAUGUGCAGGAAAAAUGAAAAUUACUUCACUUUCUUUAAAUACAUGUAAUCCAGUCUAUUUACAAUGUCUUAAAUUGAAUAUUAAUAUUUUAACAGAUUAUUCCAUAGGUCUACCUACCAUCCCUCUCAUCAUUGUCACGUUGUAUGAAUUCCACAAUGAUACUUUUUAUUACAUAGGAAGAUGUUAUUGUAAUUAUGAUAUAUAUCUUAAACAAAGUGGGAAUAAAUAUAAUUUUACAGAAAAGGGAUCGAAAUAUAAUGUAGUUGAACAAAUAAAACCUAAAUGGAUAAAACUAAAAGGAAGCAAAUAUACAAAGGCAAUGUAUGCUAACAAUUUAUGGCAACAUAAUGGUAAUGAUAAAAGAAUAAUGCAGGAAUAUUUGUAUGAAAAACAACAAGAGAUAUUCAACAAUAGUAAUAUCAACAAUAGUAAUAUCAACAAUAAUAAUAAUAAUAUUAAUAGGGAUAAUUAUCAUAAUAAUAAUAAUAUGUAUCAAUAUAAUGACUUAUUAUAUGGUGAACGAGUUGGUGAUAUUCUCUUAUAUUUUGAACUUGUUCAAUCUAAAGAUGCAAUGAAAUUUCCUAUUUAUCCUAUGAUCACUGAAAUAAAGAAAUGUACCCUUUCCUUUUUUUGCAUGUCUUUAGAAAAUCUUAUAUUAAUGAAAAAGCAACAUUUCUUAAAUAAACUAUCAUUUGAACAAAAUAAAAAAAAUCAAAUAACAACCCCAAUUAUCCUUUUGUCUAUAACGUCUUAUUCUUCUUAUGGGAAAAAAAAAAAUGAACUCAUGAUUAAAUAUGAAAAAACAUUAAAAGCUAAUACAAGAAUACAAUUAAAAAAUUGGAAAAAUUCAUUCAAUCAACAAAGUUUUGAAAUGUUCUCAAUAGAAAAUAUGAAUAUUGACAUUCCAUUAGAUCCUAUAUUUGAUCCUAUACUUAAUAUAAAAGUAUAUAACAAAAAAGUGAAAUCAAAAUAUUUUAUUGGAGAAACAAAUAUAUCUCUUGUUCCAUAUCUUCCAUGGAUAAAAAAUAUAGAUGAAGUCCUUUAUUAUUUACAAGCUCAUGAUGAUUAUUCGGAAACAAUUAAUUUGAAAAAUAUAGAUAAUGCAUUUAAUAUAUAUAAAAAUAAAAACGCAGCUCUUGUCAUAUCAGCUAUUUCACUAGCUGACUGUGAGGACACAUUAUCAUUGAAGGAAGAAAUUAAUAAAUAUGAAAAUGAUGAUGACGCUGCAUGGAAAGAAAUACCUCUUUUUAAUUUGGACCAAGGAAAUCAAAAAGAGGAUAAUAAAAAUAUAUCUGCUGAGUCGAAAAAGGUAAUUAAUAAUUAUGAUGGAUAUUAUAAUGGUGCAUAUGAAAUGGGAAUGUACAAUAUGGAAGCACACAACAUGAAAAAUUAUGAUAAUAAUAAUAUUAAUAAUAUUAAUAAUUACAAUAAUUAUGUAGGUCCACACAAAUUUUAUAAUAAUAAUAUACAACAAAAUGAUAUCAGAAAUAAUGCUAGGUAUAGUCAUACAAACAACAUGAUGAUCAAUAAUAUGUAUAAAAAUAAUAUAUAUAAUCCUUCCCAAUUUGGUGUAAUUAAUUAUAAUAAUUAUUAUGAUAAAAAUAAUACACAAUAUUUUUAUAAUAAUAACAUAAAUAAUUUUAACAAAUUAUCAAAUAACAAAUUUAGCUCAUAUUUAUCAAGAAUUCAAAAAGAUACAUAUAAUAUAAAAUAUAAUAAUAGUAUAUAUAAAUUAUUUGAUGAUGGUAUUCCUGAAAUAAUAAAAUUAAGCUAUAAUGUUAAGAAUUAUCCAUAUAUAAAAAUAUUAACAAGCAAAUAUAUUUUAAAUGUACAUAUUCCUCCAAGAUUUAUUUUAUAUGUAGAAGGUGAUAAAUUAAAUAUUGAAAAAUUUAUAAAAAAUAUAAAUCGUGUAUCUGUUGAUGGUAUUUUGGAAAACUAUCUUGAUGAUAUAUUAAUUCCCUCUUUACCCUUAAUAAAAAAAUGCAAUAAUUUAUCAUCUGAUAAUAAUUAUAAUGAAAAUAAAAUAGAAAAACAAGGUAUUAAAUUUGGCUGUUUUGAACAAUUUCCAUUUGUUGAAAUUAUAGGUGGACAAAUUAAAUGUUUUACAAAAAUUAAAUAUAGAAAUUUAGAAUCUGAAAAUAUGCCUUUAAGUUUAAAAGAUAUAACAAAUCAAAGUAUAUUCAGAAAUAAAUUUAGAGGGAAAAAUAAAAUUCCUUUAUAUUUAAAAAUACGUGUAUAUGUAUUAAGAGGCAUAGGAUUAUAUGGUAUAAAUAAUGAAUAUACGGCAAAUCCAUAUUUGAUUUUUUCAUUAGGAGAAAAAACAUCUAAUUUAAGAAAUUCUUUCAAACGUUCAAAUAUAAAUCCAGAAUUUGGAUGCUUAUGGGAAAGCGAAGCUAUAUUUCCUGAAGAUGAAAUAUUAACUAUUAGUGUUUAUAGUGCUGAAGAUAAUUAUGAUAAACAAGUAAAUGAUAUAUAUAUAGGAUCAACUGAAAUUAAUUUAUUUGAUAGAUGGAUGAGUAAAGAAUGGAGACAUAUGAUGAAGAAAAAUAAAAUACCUGUUGAAUAUAGACCAUUAUAUAGUAAUUAUAUAAAACAUCCAAAAAGUGUUUCAUCUAAUAAUUAUAAUACUAUGAAUAGUUGGAAUAAUAUUUUCUCAUUUUUUGACAUAUUUAAUUAUUUAAUGACCUAUACAUCAACCACAAAAAGUAACAACAACAAUAAUAAUAAUAAUAAUAGUAAUAUUAAUAUUUAUGGAAAUCAGUCUUUGAAAGAUACACAUUCAAACAUAUCCUUUGGUAAUUCACAAAAGAACAAUAAUGGUAUAUUAGAAAUGUGGGUAGAAAUUAUGGAUUAUGAACAAUCCAAGAAAAUACCUAUACAUAAAAUGGUUCCACCAAAAAAGACAGAAAUUGAAAUAAGAAUAAUUAUAUGGAGAUGUACUAUGAUAUCAAAUAAAGAUAAUAUUAAUAAAACUAUGGAUUUAACAGUAACAUCUGAAUUAGAUUGUAUAACAUAUAAUGGUAAAAAUCCCACUAUGCAAUCAACUGAUGUACAUUAUAACUGUAAAACAGGAAAUGCUAUAUUUAAUUGGAGAAUUGUUUAUCCUAAUGUUACUCAUCCUUUAAAUACAUGCUUUUUACAGCUAGCUGCAUAUAAUAAUAAUAAUGUUGGAGUUAGUGAAUUUUUAGGAGAAGUGAAUUUAGAACUAUCCAAAUAUAUACAAAAAGCAUCACAAAUAUUAAAUAAAUUUGAAUUAGAUGCAGAACUUAAAUUAAGGAAAAAAACAGAUACUGAUCAUAAUAAAAAUAAAUAUAAUGGAUAUAUACAGGUAACUGUUCAAUUUAUUCCACAAAAUAAAGCUAAUAUAAAACCUGUAGGAUUAGGUAGAGAUGAACCAAAUAGAAAUCCUUAUUUAAAAACACCUGACACUGGAAGAGAAUGGAACGAUUUUAUGUAUUCCAUAGGAUUUAAUGAUAUAUAUAGGCCUUUCUGGAGUUCUUUAAAAUUGGCUUUUAUUUGUCUUCUAGUUAUAUGGGUGUUUGUAUUAUCCUUCGUGUACCCGUCAUUGUUAAUGUAA